GAAUAUGGUACAGUUGCUACUAUGCAGCUGGAUGUUGCUGACUAGUGUUUCUAUGAGCUUGCUGUUCCACCUGUCUGUUGUUCAGAAUGGCAAAAAACCCUAAUUUUCAGGAAGUUGGUCACCUGCCCACAGGCUACGUCCAUUGUAGACCUUCAGAGAGCUUUACUGGCUAUCAAUAUCAUCAUCCCUCCAAGAUGAGUAACAGCCAUCCACUUCGUCCUUACACAGCUGUUGGUGAGAUUGACCAUGUUCACAUUCUGUCAGAGCAUAUCGGUGCUCUGAUGAAUGGGGAAGAAUAUAGUGAUGUUACCUUCAUCGUGGAAAAGAAACGUUUUCCAGCACACAGAGUGAUCCUGGCUGCGAGGUGCCAUUAUUUCAGAGCAUUACUAUAUGGUGGAAUGAGAGAAUCUCAGCCUGAAGCAGAAAUUCCUCUUCAGGACACAACUGCAGAAGCUUUUACCAUGCUGAUGAAAUAUAUUUACACUGGUCGUGCCACACUACGAGAUGAGAAGGAGGAGGUCCUACUGGACUUCCUAAGCCUGGCACAUAAGUAUGGAUUUCCAGAACUGGAGGAUUCCACAUCUGAGUAUCUUUGCACCAUACUUAAUAUUCAGAAUGUUUGUAUGACAUUUGACGUUGCCAGUCUUUAUUCCCUUCCCAAAUUGACUUGUAUGUGCUGUAUGUUCAUGGAUAGAAAUGCUCAGGAGGUACUCUCCAGUGAAGGCUUCUUGUCACUUUCUAAGGCUGCUCUUCUAAGUAUCGUACUGAGGGACUCUUUUGCAGCUCCUGAGAAGGACAUUUUUCAAGCCUUGAUGAAUUGGUGUAAACAUAACCCCAAGGAAAACCACGCUGAAAUCAUGCAAGCAGUGCGUUUGCCACUAAUGAGUCUAACAGAACUUCUAAAUGUUGUAAGACCUUCUGGAUUGUUGUCACCUGAUGCCAUCCUAGAUGCCAUUAAGAUUCGUUCUGAAAGUCGGGACAUGGAUCUCAACUACAGGGGCAUGUUAAUACCAGGGGAAAAUAUUGCAACAAUGAAGUAUGGAGCCCAGGUUGUAAAAGGGGAGCUGAAGUCUGCUUUAUUAGAUGGAGAUACUCAGAACUAUGACUUGGAUCAUGGCUUCUCUCGACACCCAAUUGAUGAUGACUGCCGUUCUGGUAUCGAAAUCAAACUCGGCCAGCCAUCAAUAAUCAACCACAUACGAAUACUCCUGUGGGACAGAGACAGUCGGUCUUACUCCUACUACAUUGAGGUGUCCAUGGAUGAGUUAGACUGGAUUCGAGUUAUCGAUCACUCUAAAUACCUCUGUCGGUCCUGGCAGAACCUGUAUUUUCCUGCCCGAGUUUGCAGGUAUAUUCGCAUCGUUGGAACCCACAACACAGUGAACAAAGUUUUCCAUAUUGUGGCAUUUGAAUGCAUGUUUACCAACAAAACCUUUGCUCUGGAAAAGGGUCUGAUAGUUCCUGCUGAAAACGUUGCAACAAUUGCAGAUUGUGCCAGUGUGAUUGAGGGUGUCAGUAGAAGUCGCAAUGCCUUGUUGAAUGGAGACACAAAAAACUAUGAUUGGGAUUCCGGGUACACGUGCCAUCAGCUUGGGAGUGGAGCUAUUGUAGUACAACUAGCACAGCCCUACAUGAUUGGAUCUAUACGGUUACUGCUUUGGGACUGUGAUGAUCGAAGCUACAGCUACUACAUAGAGGUUUCAACAAAUCAGCAGCAAUGGACCAUGGUGGCUGAUCGCACAAAAAUUUCCUGCAAGUGAGUUUAAUUUUUUCCCAUGUAUU